UUGUUUCAGAAAUAGAAAGUGAAACUUAACAUCUUAAAGUUACGAUGGCUUCACAUGAGCAGACUGCCAGUUUCAUUAAACAUUUAAUCUGUCCUGUCUGUAAUAAUGUUUUCAAAAGUCCAGUGACUCUAGAAUGUGGACACAAUUGUUGCAGAACCUGCAUUGAUAAGGUUUGGGAGAAGAAAGGCACCACCUCCUGCCCUGAGUGCAGAGAGGAGUUACCAGAAAGGAGGUAUGUUAGUAACCAUGGUUUGACUGAAAUGGCAGAGGCUUUUCAGAAAUCCGGUUUGGAAAAGGAAGGCAAAACAAAUGUAGAGCUGAAAGAGGAGAAAUUCUUCUGUGAAGUACAUGAGGAGAAACUGAAGCUGUUCUGUAUUGAAGAUGAGACACUUAUCUGUGUCAUCUGUCGUGAUUCAGCUGCACAUGGUGGUCACAGCUUUUUACCCUUAAAGGAAGCAGUUACUCUGUAUAAGGAAAAGUUGAAAACUGCUACAGAUGCUCUAGAAUUAAAACGGAAACACAUUACAGAGCUCCAACUCAAGCAGGAAGGGAAGAUCUCUUAUAUCCAGUUCAACCAAGUCGCAUUCGAUGGAAUGCGUCUUCGGUCACCAACAGGAACCCUGUGA